GACUUGAUUGGGUAGCGCGGCCAUGGCCGACUGGAGGAGGUGCCGCAGAGUCUCUUGUUUCCUGUUUUCCUGCAUUUCCUCGUCGGGUCAGGAUUUUUUCGGGCUAAAGUUUUCCAGAGCGUAAGGUCAUAUCAUGUUCGACGGGAUUGGGUACCGAUCAGACCGAGAUCGAAAGAAAGAGCCGACUGCUGGCACCGGCAACUCCUUCAUUGGAAAGAACUCUGAAAGCAAUGAAGACAGCCAGCAGCAAUGAAGUUGGUAUCUUCAGAGGCUUCUAGUGACUGGACUGGAGUUUCAUUCCUGCGGUUCCUGGGAAUGACACUGUGCAGGAUGUCUGCGGAGGUCCUCCAUCAAGUCGAGGAGGCACUGGAUGAAGAAGAGAAGGAGGUGCUACUGUUUUUGUGCAGGGAUAUUGCUGCAGACGCAGCUCCGCCCAAUGUCAGGGACCUCUUGGAUAUUUUGAGCGAGAGGGGCAAACUGUCUGUGGUGGACUUGGCUGAACUGCUCUACAGAGUGAGGCGGUUUGACUUGCUUAAGCGGAUCUUGAAGAUGGACAAAAAGACAGUGGAGGCUCACCUGCUCAGAAACCCCCGUCUUGUUUCGGACUAUAGGGUGCUGAUGACAGAAAUUGGUGAUGGUUUGGAUAAAUCUGAUGUGUCCUCAUUAAUUUUCCUCAUGAGAGAUUAUAUGGGCCGAGGCAAGACAGCCAAGGAUAAGAGUUUCUUGGAUCUUGUGAUUGAAUUGGAGAAACUAAACCUGCUUGCUCCAGAUCAAUUGGACUUAUUAGAAAAAUGUUUAAAGAACAUCCACAGAAUAGACCUGAAGACUAAGAUCCAGAACUACAAACAGUCUGCUCAAAAAACGGGAAACAGUUAUAUAAAUGCUCUCCAGGGAUCUCUCCCAAACUUGAGUCUUAAGGAUCCUUCAUAUAACUUAAUGCUCCAGAAUGGGAGAACUAAAGGACAAAAUAUCAUUGUGGAACAACUUCAAAGAGAACCAGUGAAGAUAUCUGUUCAGGAAUCAGGAGCAUUUCUGUCUCAGAUACCUCAGAACAUACCAGAGGAGAGAUACAGGAUGCAGAGCAAUCCUCUGGGCAUCUGCCUGAUCAUCGAUUGCAUUGGCAAUGACACAGAGGGUCUUCAGAAAACCUUCACCUCCCUGGGCUAUCAAGUCGAGUAUUUCCCCUAUCUCAGUGUGAGUGGCAUAAACCAAAUCCUCCACCGGUUUGCUGGUAUGCCUCAACACCGGGACUAUGACAGCUUCGUGUGCGUCCUGGUGAGCCGAGGGUGCUCCCAGAGCGUGUUUGGAGUGGACGACACUCACUCGGGGUUCUCUUUGGAGAAGAUCAGGAGGAUGUUCAUGGGAGACGCAUGCCCUUCCCUCUUAGGGAAGCCAAAACUCUUUUUUAUUCAGAACUACGUGGUUUCAGAGAGCCAGCAGGAGGCCAGCAGCCUCCUGGAGGUGGACAGCCCGGCGGUGAUCAGUGCACAAGCCGUGGACAGGCAGCAGGCACCAUGCACAGUCCAUCGGGAAGCUGACUUCUUCUGGAGCCUGUGUCGAGCAGACGUGUUCCUGCUGGAGCAGGCCACCACCAAGCCGUCCGUGUACCUGCAGUACCUCUCCCAGAAGCUGGGGCAGGAAAGAAAACGUCCUCUUCUGGACCUCCACCUUGAACUCAAUGACUGCGUGUACAAUUGGAACAGCAGAGUGUCUGCUAAGGAGAGGUACUGCGUCUGGCUGCAACACACGCUGAGAAAGAAACUCAUCCUUUCUUCUAAAUGAAGCGCCGGAAGCUCUGUCAAAUGCUGCUUUGCCUUCCGCCUCCAUCACUUGCCACAGUAGCCUGCUAGCCAGUGUGCCUAAGUGAUGAGUGAGGUGAGGUCAUGGCCCAAGCUGAAAGAUCCCCGGGAAGAAUGCUUGACAGGAAGGAAGGGUGUCUAAGCUUCGAAGAUGAGGCAUUGAGCUCUACUGUUCAAACAAUAUUUGCAUGAAACUGCACAGUUGGCCAUUGUGAGGAAGAAAAAAGCUUGGAAGCUUUAACAACUUAGCACCAUUUGAAUUGGGCAUGUCAGGACCAUGUUGCCUUCCGUUCUAAUAGUCAAGCAAACAGCCACAUAGAUGCUCAUUCAGAGUUCCUGCAGCCACAAAGCAACCUGUGGGUCCCAUCUUCCAUUCAGAAAAGAAAAACCAAAAUACAAGGCAAUGAAACUUGAAUAUAACAAAACCUUAUCAUCUUACCCAUGAGAAGAAGCCACAGUUACCCAAAACCUUGGUGUCUUGCCUUGCUGAGGGUUUUCACAUUUGUAUUGGGUGCCACAGGAGAGUGGCCCUCCUCCCUGUUAGUGGGGGUGCUUACUGUUUCUUCGGUCAUGCCAAGCUUGGGCCCUGGGCCCAGACAGUGUUUGCACAUUGGACAUGUCCCUGGCAUUUCUGUGGGACACAGGGUGUGAUUUGGUUGUUUCUGAUGUUGUACUCUGUGUAGGGGCUGAGAGGAGGCAGAAGUACAGGCAUUGAGCCCCCUCUGUGGUGAAGGAUGCAGCCAACACCAGCUCAUUGCUCCAGUCAUUCUCGAGGAAGUCAGUGAGUCUGGUUGCCAUCUUGGUCUCAGCAACCUGCAAUUUUUCUUUCCAGGAUCUGGAUAUUAGACAGCAUGAUUGCUGUAGUUUGUGCUGCUACUAACAAACUGCCAUUGAGUAGAUGGCUGAACAAACAUUUAUUUCUCAUAGUUCUAGAGACUGAAGUCCAAGAUCAAGUUGUUGGCAAAUGGUGUCUGAAAGCCUUGCUUCUAGGUGAUGUAGGGCUGGUCUUUUGGUUCUGUCCUUGCAGAGAGCAGAUGGAGGAGGCACGUUUUCUCCUGUCUCUUUCUCCAAGGCCACUGAUCCCACUCAUGAGGGCUUUACUCUCAUGACCUAAUUACCUCCCCAGAAGCCCCACUUUCUUGGUGAUCAGGAUUUCAACCUUUGAAUUUAGGACAGACCUAAAGCAUUUGGUCCAUAAUGCUGGCAAAGGCCCUCUCUCAGAAUGGCAUGAAGACUAACCCCUGGCAUGAGUAGCUUCCCUAUUCUUCUUGAGACUCCUGGCAUUUUAUUGCUAGUCAAGUACACCACGUAUACACCUUUCUUUCUCGGAUGGGAUGACAGGUCCUAAAAGGAGAACAUUAUUUUAAAAUCUCACCUGAAGCCUUUUAAAAAAUAAUUUAUCCUGGCCCUCCCUGGUG